CACACACAUAUAUAUACAUACAUACCUGAUCUCUCAAGAAGCAACAGCAACAAGGUUCAUUUCCUGGUUUGAGUUGAGAAAGUUAACUACAAAGAAACAAAAUGGCCAAGAAGAUUGUGGUGAAGGUGACAAUGCACUGCCAGAAAUGCCGGACUAAGGCGCUCCAGGUGGCCGCCGGAACACACGGAGUUACUUAUGUGGGAUUGGAAGGGGAGGAGAAAGACAAAGUGGUGGCAAUUGGAGACGGAAUUGACGCUGUUAAGUUGACGUCCGGUUUAAGGAAGAAAGUGGGUCCUACUGAUCUUAUCUCCGUCACAGACGUUAAGUAGAUCUUUAAUUAAUUAGCAUCAUGGGUGUAUAUAUAUAGUUUUACAUCAUAUGGUAUGUAAUUAAACAUGUUUGACAUUCCCAUAGGAUAUAUGUAUAGACUAUUACUAACUAAAUAGAAUCUGUAUACAGACUAUUACCAAAUAUUACAAUGUCU